AAAGCGACCAAAAACACGGCACUGAUACAACUGCCACGACUGUUUUCAAUAUUCCCCGUUGCCUCAGAGUUUAUUAUUGAAAUAUGGAGGAAGUGUAUGAGGCUGCGGAAGAUGACUGGAAUGAUGAUGAUGAUGAUGAUGAGGCCACUCAGUACAUGAUUGAACAGAGUCUAUUGGAGUACAGUAAACAUGCUGAUUCAGCUACCAGUAAUCCAUUAGACUGCAUCGACCAUGAGGAAAUUUUCACUGCUAUACAAGCUGGUAAUGAGGAUGCUCUGAAGGUCCUGGUGCAGCGGAAGGAGGCUUUGGCUAAUGCAGACUCCAAGGGCUGGAUUCCUUUGCAUGAGGCAGCAGUGCAACACAAGAGGAGCAUUCUGGAGAUCACUUAUGCAGCAUCUCCUCAGGGGUCAGGGCAAUGCCGUACUCUGAGAGGGGAGACUCCGCUGUUUCUCGCCGUUGUCCACGGUCUCCGAGAGAAUGCCACAUUCCUGCUGCAGAACGGUUGUGACCCUGACUGUAAAAAUGAGGCUGAUGAUUCUGCAUUGGUUGCAGCCAUAAAGAAUGACCAGUAUGACCUGGCUCUGCUGCUGCUACGCUACAAUGCCACAGUGGACCAAAAAGGAAGUCUUCAAAGAACCGCUCUGCAUGAAGCAUCCGUGCUCGGCUUGGAUAACUUUGUAUACCUCCUCCUACAAUCUGGCGCCGACCCAAAUGUCGUUGACGUCUGUGAACAUACUCCUUUAGGACUCGCAGCUCAAGCCGGACAUUUUAACGUUGUAGAGAUUCUGCUUCAGAAAGGGGCCAGUGUGUGGUCCAAGCCACAAUCUCUCGGUUCAGCCUCAGUUUUAUUUGAUGCUGCGGCUUCUGGAAACCCCGAUAUCAUUUCACUGCUGCUGGAGUAUGGAGCCGACCCCAACGUUCCCACCCACACCGGCCAUCUCCCCAUCCACCGCGCAGCCUACCGCGGACAUCUGCUAGUCCUGGAGCAGCUGAUCCCUGCGACUAAGAAAGAGGCGAUCAAAGACAGCGGCAUGAGCCCGUUACACUCCUCCGCUGCAGGAGGUCACUCUCAGUGUCUGGAUCUGCUCCUGAGCUCCGGGUUUGACGCAAACUUCAUGCUGCACCCCAGAGUGCGCAGGAACUAUGAAGACGAGCGCAGGUCAGCGCUGUUCUUCGCCGUAUCCAACAACGACGUCCAGUCAGCGAGGCUGCUUCUGGAGGCCGGGGCCAUGGCCAAUCAAGACCCUGUCAGCUGCCUGCAGGUGGCCAUGCGAUUGGGCAACUACGAGCUGAUCAACACUCUUCUCCGCUACGGUGCCAAUGUGAACUACUACUCCCGUGUCAACACCACCCACUUCCCUUCCGCCCUUCAGUACGCUCUUAAGGACGAGGUGAUGCUGCGUAUGCUGCUCAAUAACGGCUACGAUGUGCAGCGCUGCUUUGACUGCCCGUAUGGACAGGCCUCGCAUGUGCCCGUGGAUUAUGAGGGCUGGAGCGUUUCUGUCAUCAAAGAUGUUGUGUUCUGUGAGGUGAUCACUGUGUACUGGCUCAAGCACCUCUCAGCCCAAGUAGUGAGGAUCAUGCUGGAUUACGUUGAUCAUGUGACCCUCUGCUCCAAACUGAAGAGCAUACUAGUCGGACAAAAACAGUGGCCAGAAAUAUGUAAGAUACAAGAAAACGCUCGAAGCCUGAAGCAUCUCUGCAGACUGAGGAUCCGCGACUCUUUGGGUCGCUUGCGCCUGAGGGCUCCAGUUUUUAUCAGUUUCCUGCCUCUGCCUGCCAGUCUCAAAGACUAUAUCCGCUUCAAAGAGUACGACAUUUACAGCAGAGGAAGUAUGACAGAAUAAAAGCAGAUUGAUAAACAUGCACAAGAGAAGCUGCUAUAACAAUCUUUAGAAAUGUUUACUUUUUAUUAAAAAGCCUUGUGAAAUAUAAAUUUGUGUUAUGAAGACACACAGUGCUGAACAUCUGUGAUUCAAUGGCUCCCAGUGACUGUUUGGUUACACGCAUUCACCAAACAUAACUUUUUUUUCUGCACGUUCAAGAGAAGAAAGGAACUCGUUCAGGUUUUGAACAGCUUGGGGGUGACUAAUUGAUGACACGUUUUUCCUUUUGCGUGAACUAUCCCUUUAAAUGUGAUUUAGGAUUCUGGCCAGUUACAAAACUAUUUGUGCAAAGGGCCAGGUUUUCUUCUACUGAAGAUUUUUUAAGAUGUUCUUUGUAUCAUUUCAAAUCAGAGCUUGACUGCCGCUGCCAUUAAAGCUAAAGGGGAUCAAUUAAAUUAACUUUCCUCUUAAAUUACUAUGGUGAUAAUUGAUACUUUUUAAAAAAAAGCAGAAGCAAAAAAAAUAUCAAAAUAGAUGCGUUAUCGCUAGAAUACCCCUAAUGUGCGUGAAUUGUGAGAAUGUGUGAUCUGAAUGACGCUUGUUAGAAUUAAAUGAACGUUAAUUAA